AUGGCUCCCGCCUUGCUGCUGCUGCUGUGGCUCCAGGGCCCUGUCGCAGGUGCCCCUGUCGAGAGCGUGUACUCCAAAGUGCGGCACUUUGAAGGGGAGACUCUGUCUGUGCAGUGCUCCUACAAGAGCCGCAAAAACCACACAGAGGGUAAGGUUUGGUGCAAAAUCAGGAGGAAGAAGUGUGAGACUGUGUUCACCCGUGUUGGGGUGCAGGGGCCGCGCUAUUUGCUGCAGGACGAUACCCAGGCCAAGGUGGUCAGUAUCACCAUGGCGGCCCUGAGGCGCCAGGACUCGGGCCGGUACUGGUGCAUGCGCAACAGCUCUGGCAUCCUCUACCCUCUGAUGGGCUUCCUGCUGGAAGUGUCUCCAGCCUCCACAACCAAGAGAAACACUCCUCUUACGAAGCUGCCCACCAUCCUCCAGAGUGGAACUGUCGUCACAGCAGGCCCAGCCCUCACCUCAGGCCCUGAUGCCCCUUUCACCACCAGCAUGACGGUGUUCACACCUGGACUCCUCACCUUGGCUAGACUCUUGCCCUUCCCUGCCUCAGGGAGCAUCAGACUGACCUCUGUGACGGGCUACGGCUUCACUGGCACCAGCCCCUCCACCACGGGGCCCAGUAGGACCAUGGGGUCCCAGACAGUGACUGCGUCUCCCAGCAAUGCCGGAGCCUCUGCUGCUGGCCCAGCCUCCACCCCCACUAAGGCUGGGCACCUGUGCACCAUGGGAUCGCCCACCACGGGAAUGUGCCCCACUGGCAGGUCUCUCCUCAACCUAUUAUCCCCCAGCAGGCACCAGGACUUCUAUCCUGCUGUGCUCGUGGCGGUGCUGGCCUUGCUCCCAGUGCCUGUGAUGCUGAUCGUGGUCUAUGGGUUCUGGAAGAAGAGACACAUGGGAAGCUACAGCAUGUGCCGUGAUCCUGCCAGAUCCUGGAGGGACCCAUCCACAAGACCAGAGCCUCCGUGGAAGCCUGCUUGGUCUGAAGCCACUUAA